AUGUUUGACUUGUUUCGCUCCAAAAAGAAGGAUGAACAUGAAGAGAAAUCCCUCUCCUUUCUCGUAAUACCACAUGGCAAGAUUCAUAAUGACUCAUUCAAAAUGUUGCCUAUUGAUAUUGUGCUGGAAAUUUUGGAUUAUAUUUGUGGGGACGAGCAAUUGAUGAUGAGCUUGACGAAUUGUCAUGAUCAGGCGUUGAAUAAGCAGAUUCCUAGGGAGACUCCAUUCAGAGAGAGGAAAUGGACGCCUCCUGCAUGGGAUGUCAAUUCCGAUUUUAAUGAAUUAAAAUUUGAUGAGAAAAAGUUUUUCAAACAAUACUUUGGAAAGUUCCCGAAUAGAGAUUCUAGUUGUCCAAGGCUGCUAUUUAGAAAAUUAGAUUUGGGAGUGGAUAGGUAUUCUCCAAAAGAAUUGUGUAGACUAAUUCAAAUUGUAAAUUAUGGAAAUAAGCCAAUUGUGAUUGAGAAAACUUUAGCUCGUCAAAUAUUGCAGUGUAUAAGAAGAUUUGGACAAGUAAACGAGGAUAAAGAAAAGGAUAUUGAAAAGAAAAUGUUUAAAUAUUUGAGAUAUGUAUUAAGGAAUGGUCUGUGUGAGAGAGUUAUUGGAUUGGAUAUUGCUGGUAUUGAAACAUUUCCUUCUUUAAUUAAUGAGUUAGUACUAAUGUGUCCGAAUAUAGAACAUGUUAAUCUUGGUUCGUAUAACCAGAAGGAAAAUUACCAUGCAAAGCAAAUUCUGAUGAAAGAUGUCAAUGAGUCCAUGAUGAUCUUGAAAUUGUUAAAAUCCUUUAGAUGGACUGGACAUCAUUUUGGUGAAGGUUUUAUUGAUGAGUUAUCGAAACAUACACCUCUAUUGGAGAAGCUGGUUUUAAAAUGUGAAACAUCUGUUAUAUGUUGUCACGAAGCCAUCCUAAAUUGGAAGAAUCUCAAACUAAUUGUUUCAAAAAUUAGUCCACAUAUUUAUUCAAGAAAUAAUGGAACAGCAGAAGAUCUAUACAAGUUUUUCAAGAAUAUAAGUCAAUUAGACAAGUUGGAAAAACUUGUUUUGAAUGAAAACAAUAUUAAGGAAGGAAAUAUUCAAUCAUUACCUCAUUCUCUGACAUGUUUAGAUUUGAGUAAUACCCAGAUUCCAGACAACUUUCUUCAAAUUGUCGCAUCCUUGCCCCAAUUAAAGUCUCUGGGAUUGAACUGUUAUUAUGGAGGAAGGGAUUCUUUGAAGCAUCUCGUUGGAUUGAAACACACUCUCGAAGAAUUACACAUAACCCAAAGUAGUAGUUGUGGAGAUGAAGGUGUGAUGUAUAUUUCGCAAAUCGAAUCUCUAAAGAGACUAUUUCUAAUGAACCUAAGCCAAGAUCAAAUCAAUGACACUGGAGGUUAUGAGCUAGCCAAAUUGAAAAAUUUGGAAAUUGUUGGUCUUGAAUAUUGUUACAUUUCACACAAAACAGUUAACAGUAUUGCAGCAAGUUGUCCUAACAUUAAGAAAAUCCACAUUGAUGGAUGCCACAACAUUAAGAAACACAAAUUAUCAAAGCAAGCCUUCUCUUUAAUAGAUGAUGCAUCUUAUGCUGUUAGAAUUUCAGAAGAUCUAUAA